AUGAAGUUUUUUAUCGUUGUUUUGGCGUUGUUUAGCGCCAGCUUCGCUAUUGAAAUGUUUGGGAGAGAUCAGUCCGCUGCGGUUCGUGGUCGUUUAGUUUGCGACGGACGUCCAGCUUCAGGGGUUUUGGUGAAACUCUGGGAUGUGGAUAGAACUGACUCUGAUGAUCUUAUGGAUUCUGGAAACACCGACAACAACGGAGAAUUCUAUUUGGCUGGUUGGACAAAGGAAUACACAACAAUCGAUCCCAAGUUGACAAUUUACCACGAUUGCAAUGACGGAAUUAAACCAUGCCAAAGAAAAUUUGGAAUUAUGCUCCCUGACAGUUAUGUUUCCCAUGGAAAGAACCCAAAAAAGGUCUAUGAUGCUGGAACUAUUCAACUUGCUGGACAGUAUCCAGGAGAAUCCCGCGAUUGCAUUCACUAA